GGUUGAAGGCGGUAGCGUCGGACGUUCCUCACCAUUCUAUAGAAACUAUCAACUCGCGUAAGUGACGGUAAAAUGUAACCAACUUGGCGAAAUGUGUCGUUCGUGAGUCGUUACUUGGUGGAUGUGUCAGCAAUGGAGUCUCUACUCAACUUAGUUUUGAUGGGAUUACUGGCCCUCUUGAAUGGGGCUGGAGGUCUGAGAGAUGUGGUGAUCCGCGUCCCCGUGGCUGUCCCUACAGGAGCGACCGCCUCCUUGCUCUGCCUCUACGACCUAGAGGGCGACCAGCUCUACACUGUCAAGUGGUACAAGGGCAAGCAGGAGUUCUUCAGGUAUGUGCUCAAGGAGCUUCCGCACACCCGAGUAUUCGCACUGCCUGGAAUAAAUGUCGACGUGGUGGCUUCAGGCACGGAGAUGGUUGUUCUAGAGGAUGUGCAGAGGUCAUUGACGGGGAAGUACAAAUGUGAAGUAUCCACAGACGCACCUGACUUCCAUACUGAGAUUGUCUCCGCCUUCAUGCACGUUGUUGACGAGCUACAAGGGGAGCCAAAUAUAAAGUUAGAGAAGAAUAGCUACUCUGUGGGAGAUGUUCUGAGAGGUAACUGCUCCUCACCUCCCUCCAACCCUCCAGCCAACGUGACAUGGUACCUUAAUGGAGAGAAGGAAGAGCCUAGCCUGGUGACACACCAGUCAGGUCUCAACGGCACGGUGACAGUGUCUGCACUCUCUAUGGAGUUGUCUGCUGACAGUUUCCCUGGGGGCAAGCUGCAACUCCGCUGUAUCGCCGACCUCUUCUCCAUCACCCAGACGGCUAGAGAGAUGUGGCUGGACGAAGACAGGCCUCGGAUUGCGUCUGUCAUGGGGUCACGAGACUCUGCUGAUAGAAGUAUGGCCAGUUCUACAUUACUUCUACAGACAGCGCUUUUAGCACUGUUAGGCUGCAACAGAUAGCAUCAUGUCUGCGAGAUGUAAUCAAAUGGCUGUGAGCUCUUCGGACUGUGUCUACCUGUGUCCCGGUGUAA